UUAAGAAUUUAUGUAAAUUUUGAGGAAGAUUGGACUAGUACCUGGGAAGAAACCAGAAAAGAGAGAAUGAGUUUUCUGGCGGGGAGAUUGGCAGGGAAGGAGGCAGCCUUCUUCUUCGAAGAAUCCAAACGCGCGGUUACUCGUCUGGCGGAGAAAACCCCUAAAACCAAAACCCCCCAAUUCCCUAAUUCUCCCUCCACAGAAUCUCAGGCGGCCGAUAUCCUCCCUGAGAUUCUCCGACACUCACUUCCGGCGAAGUUUUAUCGGACGGAGCUACCUUCCGAUUCUUCUAUCAAAUGGGCACUUCGAAAUCCCUCAAAUGGCGAUUUGGGCAAUUCUGUUUCUCCUGAUGUUUUGAACCCUCUUCGUGGUUUUCUCUCUCUUCCUCAAGUUACCCUUGGUCCCAAGAGGUGGCAGAUGCCGGAGGCGGCGGGGUCAGUUACGGCAUCAACAGCUAAUGAGUUGCGGCUUGACCAUCAACGAACGUACACUAAUCCUGAAAAAGUGAAAGCUGCAGCUGAAGGUCUUGCACAUAUUGGGGUCGCCUUUGCUGCUGCUACUGCAAUCAUCUUUGGUAGCGCUGCUCUUACUUUUGGAUUCCUUACAUCAAAGCUAAACCUUCACACUAGUGAUGAUAUACGGACAAAGGGAAAGGAUUUACUCCAGCCAAAAUUCGAAACUGCCAAGGAACAGUUAGCCCCCCUGAGAAACUGGGCUGAAACCACUUCAAAGAAAUGGCACCACAAGAAUGAGCAGGAUAUAAAAGAGAGACCCAUAAUAAUGGAGCUUUCCAAGAAACUACGCUCAAAGGGUUCUGCGUAAUCUGUAUUUGUUGUGUUCUUUGUUUUAACUUUUAAUCAAGGAUAAUGAAGCAAGCCAAAGCUUUUAGCAUAGUCACCUAGUGCUUAUUUUCUGCUGUAAUUAAGCUUAAGAAACUAUUUGAUUCUCCUAGGACAGCCUUUUAUUCUGUGUCAUUUAGCUUACUGUGAUGUAUUGCCAAAGAUUGCAUUUGUAUUCCGUUAUGCCAAAGAUUAUGUUGUAUUCAGUUAUGCUAAAUGACUGUUAUGUAAAGUUAUGUUUAAUUUAUA